UCGCUAGGAUACUUUGCCCUCCUCUACUGUCCCGCGAGGCACGUCAUUGGUGGAUGAGUGAUGGGGGAAGUGCUGCCGCUGUGGAAGUUAGUUACCUUCUGCCAGUAAAAGUGUUGAACCCAGGACAAAAGGAAACAAAAAGCGUUAUAUUUAGAGAGUUAUAGGUGGCAGUUGGGGGAGAAAAGUUAACUGUAACUUACUUCGGUGUUUUUUUAGGACUCGUGUCGUGUCGUCAUGGAGUUUGGUGAAGAGUCGUCGCCCGCGCUGGCUUUCGAGAAGGACGCGUUUGAGCUCACGGUUGAGGAUGUAUAUGACAUUUCCUAUGUGAUCGGACGAGAUUUGUUGAAAAUAAGCAGCGCGGGCGAUGACGUGUCGGAUUUACAGUUCAGAAUAGUCCGUGUGUUGGAGAUGUUUGAAACCCUGGUGAAUAAAUAUAACUUGUCUCUGGAGGAGCUGAAAAUGGAGCGGGACAACUUGAAGACUGAGCUGGACAGGAUCAUCAAGGAGAGCUCCUCUGCGCAGGGCACGCAAACAGUGGGACCAAACCAGCUGGUGGUGGACCUCACAGACCCCAACAGACCGCGCUUCACCAUGCAGGAGCUGAAGGAGGUGCUGCAGGAGAGGAACCAGCUCAAGGCUCAGCUCAUGGUGGCUCAGGAGGAGCUUCAGCUGUACAAGAGUGGGAUUCUGCCACAGGGUGAACCAGCCAUGGUUGAGGUGGAUCUGAACACACCAGCACCCAUAGAGCACAGUCCAGCGUCGAUAAAUGAUGCAAAAGAAGAGAAGACGACCAUAGGCAAACUGUUUUCAUUCAGGCGAAAAUAAGAGAAACCUUUGACAAGAACUGACCACGUAGAAGACAAACAGGAUUUGUCGGCACAGUUUCCUCAAGUAACCACUUUUAUAUUGAUUAUUUUUUACCAUGUCUGUUUGUCAAUCUAACAAGCACUGUAUUUUUAUACUGGUAAUGUGAACCUGAGAUGGUUUACGACAGGGAUACUCAACUUGCUUUGCCGGGGGGCCACUUUUGGAAUAUAGCAGAAGGCCAAGGGCCAGUUAAUAAUCAGACAUUAAUACAAAAAUGUAUUCAACGUAACAGCUUUACUCGUCCUCACUCAUCUUUUCAAAGAGGCAAAUUCAGUCACAGCAGCCCCACAUAGGUCAUGUGUAGGCAGGGACCUGUCUCUAGGAUUUGAGGACAUCAGGAGCCAAGCCUGCUCCUCUCUCGAGGCGGGGUCUGGGGUCCUCCCCUGGUACUUUCUUUUUGGUACUCUUCUUUUUGGUCCACAGGCUGUAAGUUGAGUAUCACUGGUUUAUGGUGACAUAGAGUUGCUAUGGUAGAAAUAUAUAUUACCAAAAAAGCUUAGUGAAGAUAUGAAAUCAAACUGGAAAGUAUUAUCUAACUAGUGUUGGAGAUUAUGUUGAAUGCAUUCACUCAAAAAUGAAGUUAUGUUUUGUUUUGUUUGUUUUUUAUAAAUCAAAUAUAAGUCUUAAAGGGGCUUCAUGUUGGUUUAGUAAUCUUAAACACAUUUUCUGUCAUUCGACUGUCAGCUGUCAAACUGAGAAAAAAAAGAGCCCUCCAAAAUCCAAAGUAAUAGUUUAAAUGUUAUUACAUUUUUUAGAGAGCAAAGUUGAAGGAAAUUGAUUCAAGUCUAAACAUAUGGCAGAUUUCUUUUUGUAAAUUAGACCUAAAUAAUUAGCGAGGGUCCCCUUGAUAAUUAUUAUUGUGUUGUGCAUAUCUAAAUACCGUUAACAUCACUGCUGUCCCUGAACAACACACUGUACAUUUUAGUCAGGCACAACAUUUUGACCUAAAUUUUCAUCCUCACUUCCUCCAACUCCUUUGCAAUACUUCAUUAAGUAGCUUUAUCUUCAGCUGCACUGAAAAGGAUGUAAAUAUGACACGGGGGUGCUCCAUUCCUGUCAGGGACCUGUGUUGCAUGUUAAAUGCCUGUCUUCCUAUCUUUCCUGUCAGUUGUCAAGUGUCAAAUAAAGGUACAAUACACAAAAACAAGACAACAUAUCUGCAGAGGGUGUCAGCUGCAAACCUGGGGGUCUGUCAAAAUUUCAUGGACCUGUAUUUCACCUUUUAUUAAUUUAUUUGAAGAAUACUAAAUGAAAUUGUUAGUUUUAAAGUUUAGAUUAUUAUUCAAGAUAUAUACUAAAAGAAAAAUCUCAGAGGAUACUGUGAAGACCUGAACACAAGCUACACUGACAGAGCCUUAACUCUCUGCCAAACAGCCUCAUGCUGCAUCAGAAAAGUCCAGUUACAAUAACCAAGGGGCUAAUAGAACAAUGGUCAAGCAUCAGGGCGAAGAAAAGUAUUAAAGCCUAUUAAGUUGUUUUUGUU